AUGGCCAAGCUGCCUCCAGGCCGCCCAGCUGAGCGCCUGCAGAGCAAGGAGAAUUUCUACCAGGACACGCAAUCGCGCCUCUGCUACUCUGUCGGACUCUACCUCUCCGACAUGCUCAACUACACCGUGGGGCUGGUGCCGUCGCCGGGCUGGGGCUACCGCAGCGCCAACGGCUCCUGCACCGGCAUGAUGGAGGAGCACCGCACGGGCCGCGUACAGAUCGCGGUGUCCGCCUUCAUCGUUCUGGAGCAGCGCAUGGACAUCAUCGACUACACUGGCCCCACCUACAAGUACAAGUACGAUCGCUCGCUUGAGCCGGCGCCCCAACCAACGCAGAGAUUACUCAAGUCUUACACACAGGAUUAA